AUGGAGGUUAUUGAAUUGGAGAAUAGGUGUCGGAGCAUACUUGAUGGCCGAUGGUUACACAUAUGGAUAAAAUGUCAGCUCCUUCAUCAAGGGAGUGCCCAACGCCUCUAUGACAAGGUGUCGAAGGUCUGCUCAAGCAAAAAUAUAGAACUUCCUUCAUCUUUGCCCUAUGGCGAACCUUCCUCUCUUAAAGUGCCAUGGACGAGUUAUGGUCCGUCAAACAUUCGAAUAGUCCCAUUUCCAACUCGUGAAUACACUGAUGAUGAGUUCCAGUCCAUCAUAAAAAGUGUCAUGUGUGUACUGCAUCUUUUGGGAUUUCUCUACCCAAUUUCUCGGUUGAUCAGCUAUUCUGUGUUUGAGAAGGAACAGAAGAUAAGAGGUCUUUAUAUGAUGGGGCUGGAAGAUGGGAUAUUCCAUCUCUCAUGGUUUAUUGCAUAUGAUUUGCAGUUGGGACUCAGAUCUCUUGGUACACUGUUGUCCGACCAAGAUUUCCCCAUCAAUCUGCUCGAUUUGACUUCACAUGUGAUUGGCGAAUAUUUGCGUGUACCUGUGCCUAGUACACAGUUGUCCGACCAAGAUUUCCUCAGCCACCUGAUCGAUUUGAAUGCACAGGUGGUUGACUAG